CCAUUAUUUUCCCACAAUUCAUUGGGUCGGUACACAAAUAUUAGACGGCUGGUUGGUCCGAUAUACGGGGCUUGUUUUUACUUUUUUCUUGUAAAACACUGAUAUAAUCCAUAAACAACCUUAGAGCAUACAUCAAUAAUCGAAGUCCUUGUUAAUUCAGAUAAAUUUAACCCAAUCAACUCCGAAUAACAGUGUCUUCACUGAUGACAGUUCCUGCUAGCUGAAGGUUAGCAGCAAUAGUUUUGCUUUAAAGCUAAUAAGGGAAGGAUUUUAAAAACAUGUCUGGACCAAAUGGAGACCCAAACAUCUCCAGUGAAGAUGGCAUCAUCAACGACGACGACGAAUAUGGCGAUGAAGAAUACGCCGCUAUCAACAACAUGCUAGAUCAAAUCAACUCCUAUCUUGAUAACCUAGAGGAGCGCAAUGACGCGCUUAAUGAAAAACUGCACGAACUGCUGGAGUCAAAUCGGCAAGCCCGUCUGGAUUUCAGGGCGCAGCUAACUGGCUCUCCAACCCAAGAAGAGCAUCACGCACUGGAGCAGGAAUCCUCUUUACCAAGCGAACAAGACCAACAUGAAGAAAAUCAAUGACGAGAUCAAAUAAAUGUGAAGACAAGGACAGAGAUGAUCAAAGUGAAUUAAGAGUUGCUAUGAAUUCUGGUUUCCCCUGACAAACUUGGAAAAUACAAUCAAAUUUGUUGCUGCUCUAAAAAGAUGCAUCUACUCGGAAUACCUUAGUAGCAAACCAAGAUUCGUCCAGAUAUCAGCUCAAGUUAGAUCCUGUUGAAUAUUAACCAUGCUUCAGGCUUGUGUGUGUGUGUGUGUGUGUGCGUGCGUAUAUAUAUGAAAAUAAUUGUCUAUUUUGUUCCAAGAUUUAGUGUAAAUAUUUAAUUUCUCUUCAGCACCAUCAAUCUACUGUCCCUUAACUCAUUUCAUAUGUGUAAGUUUAAAGAAUUAAAAUGACAUCAACACAUUGUGGGAAUUGUCAGACAUUUUAAUAUAAAUUAAGAUUACUCUGAAACAGAAAACAAACAUCCAAAAAUACAAUAAACUUCCAGCAGUUAAAAAAAACAUCCCCUGGUUGUUUCUCAAUUUGUCAGUAGCUGAAUAAAAAUACCAUAGGAAACGUACAGCUUUAUUCAAAACUACCAUCUAUGCAUUUCUCUCUCUCUCCCCUGAACUAUUCAGGUUUGACGUGUUAAGAGUAAAGUUCAGCGCACAUCUUUAUUCCUUCAGAAAUAAAGAAAAACCCAAAAUGCGACAAUCAUCAGACUCAUCGCCAUGACUACAAAAGCUGCUACACAUGUCAGUUUUUUGUGUGUGGUUUUAGAUAUCCUAAACUAGUAUGGAAGAUGAAAUGUUUCCAGAACAGAAAACCAGUUAAAAAGGGAAGUGACAUGUCCUCCAUUUCAACAUUUGCAGCUACUCACUUGUGCACCCUACAGUAUGUAACUAGUACUUCAAAAAUGUUGACAGUUUGCAGCAACUUCUUGUUACACAAACAUUUCAUGAA